UCAGCGAGCAACCGGAGCAGCAAUGCUGAACUGCCGGUGCGCCAAGGACCCUGCCUAGGUUUCUCCUGAGCUUACAGAAGAGCGUUGAGUUAUGACAGCGACUGCGUUUGAAACAGAUCCCGUCUUUGGAUACUGAGCAGAAGAAAUAACAGGAGCACAAAAUCAAUAGAGGAGAAACAUUCGAGCCAGCCGGUCUGACAGUCAACGCGUGUGGGAAUGGCAGCUCCCCGGCCGAUAAAAGGCAUCCUGAAAAACAGGAACAGCGGGACAAACGUCAAAUCACUGUCCGAUGAGGUUCCAGCAGAGAAUCCCGAACAAUCCCAGGGACUCUCGGAGGAUGACCAGAACAAGAAAUCUCAGAAAUGGGACGAGAUGAACAUCCUGGCCACUUACCAUCCUGCCGACAAAGACUACGGCCUGAUGAAGAUCGAUGAACCCAGCACGCCUUACAACAGGAUGGUUGGGGACGACGAAGAUGAAGGGGCGCUGAGCGACUCGGAUGGCCACACCUCACUCGCAGCUGAUGACCUGGCAUCAAAGCUGUCGGCGGCAGAGGGCUCAGAGCCUCGCUUCAUGAAAGAAGCAGAAGAGGAAGAGAGCAGUGAGGAAGAAGAAGAGGAGCUGACUCCUGAAGAACAAGCCAAAAAGAAGCAUUUUCAGAUGAUGAGGAAGAUGCAUUACAACGAGGGCCUGAACAUCAAGCUGGCCCGUCAGCUCAUCGCCAGCGAGCUCGAGGAGGACGAAGAUGCAGACGAAGAGAUGAGGGAUGACACGGAGGAGACGGAGGAGAUCAGUGUUGAUCCACCACAGGAAGCUGAUUCUCUGGACUCGUAGACGAGGCCUCUCUCCCGCCUACAGUACCUGUGUGUCGGCUCAAGAUCCAAACAGACAACGCCGCCGUGCUCUGUGUUUCAAUGCCGGGCCGAACAGCAGACCCCGCUUCAUCACCCAUAUAACAACCCAGCCAAUAACCUCCCAGUCACCUGUCUGUCUCUACUAUUCCUUAGAGUGCAAUAUAACCUUCAAACACACUGGUUUUUAAUCUUCCAAACUCAGAACAACACACAAGCGAAGACUGUCGGUCCCCUCCUCGUCUCCCCUCCUGUUGCCAAGAAACUCCCCUAUCCCCUCCGACCCCUCCCCUUCCCCUCGCCACCUCUUCCGGACUGGCGUCGCACUGAGGAACAUGUGAUUCUGACCGUGAAAAGAGGAUUGAGGCCUGUUUAAAAAAAAAAACAACAAACUGCCGAAUAACCAGGAUUCCUGUGGGGCUGCUCCUCAGUACUUCUGCAGGCCACAGAGCCAGUACGUCAGCCCUGAAGGAGGCCACGGGAAACCCCACGGCCUCGGAAAAAAGGCAAAUCUGAGAAACGACGACGGUGCUUGUACUGGCUGCAGCUCGGAUGGCCUUCGUUUUCGUUUUAGCUUUGUGACUCACCACUUUGUUGCAGUUUCUCUUCACCUUCAGUACGAUUCGUGAUCAAAGUCGGGAACCUUGACGAUCAGUUAGGUUGUUUGUUGUUGAUUUUUAUUCAUAUCUUAAAGGGUUAAAGUGGUCUGUCAGGUGACGAUGCGCCAUCAGAACAGAAUUGAGUGAUACAUGAGGUGCGAUAUUACUUUAAAACAGUUGAUAUAGACAAAAGAUAACUAAGCACUGAACUGAAUGCUCUCUUACAGAAAUACACAGAUAAGUGUUUUAUUGCACCAGUACUUCACAGCUACUUUCUGUCUUUAUGAGAAAAAGCACAGCACCAAACGUCAUUUAAAAAUCUGGCAGUUUCAUAAACAUGCAUACCUCAUAGAAUUU